UGGCGGCAAUACACCAAUAGGCCGUAGUCUGCCAUUACACCUUAAAGAAGAAGCAGAGGCACACUCGUGAUAAUUAUGAAUGUUUGUUCGUGUAUCUAUUAUCGUUUUAUAGACAGAUGAGCGAGCCUGCCGACAAAUAUGGUUCCUAUAAAGCGCAGGAAAGUGAACUGCUUUGUUACAAGCGACAGCAGCGGUGACAGGACCAGCAAGUUUCCCGGGGUUGUCAUCUUCCUCCUGGAGAGAAAGAUGGGAGCCAGUCGGAGAGCCUUCCUCACUCGGCUCGGCCGGGGGAAAGGUUUCAACAUAGAAGACUCCUUCAGUUGUUCCAUCACUCAUAUAGUGUCCGAGAAUAAUUCUGGGGAGGAGGUCCGGACAUGGCUGGACUCCCACACUGGAGGACAGUGGAGAGAAGGAGGAGAAUGUAGGACAGCCCGACCUGGUUCUGUCCAUCUCCUGGACAUGGUGUGGUACACAGCGAGCAUGCAGGCUGGCAGCCCCGUGAUUAUACUGGACAGACACCGACUACAGGAGAGAGAGAAGCCCGGUUUGGAGCUGGCAGUGGUCUCAGUACCCAGCUACGCCUGUCAGAGACACACCCCUCUACUGCACCACAACACAACACUGACCGAUGCGUUGUCCAUACUGGCUGAGAAUGCAGAGCUCAGUGAAAACGAGGGACGGGGAGUGGCGUUCCGUAGGGCGGCAGCCUUGUUGAAGUCCCUCCCCCAGGAGGUCAGAGGGGCGGAGCAACUACGAGGACUGCCCUGUCUGGGGGAGCACUCACUCAGAGUCAUCAAGGAGGUUCUGGAGGAUGGUGUAUCUCAUGAAGUGGAGACCACCACGCAUUCAGAACAGUUUAAGGCCAUGAAGGCCUUAACAGGUAUUUUCGGGGUGGGGGCGAAGACAGCGGACCGUUGGUUCAGGGAGGGAAUACACACCCCCUCCGACCUGCAAAGAUCAGGACACACACUCAACAGAGCGCAACAAGCAGGUCUGCAGUAUUAUGAUGAACUGAACCUACCUGUCACGAAAGCAGAGGCUGUUGCCAUUGGUCAGAUUGUGGAGAGGGCGGUCCAUGCUGUGCUCCCAGGGGCAGAGAUCACUCUGAUUGGAGGAUUCAGGAGAGGUAAGCAGACGGGUCAUGAUGUGGACUUCCUGAUAACCCACCCAGAUGAGGGCAGAGAGGAGGGGCUCAUGCCUAAGGUGGUGUCCUGGCUGGAAGCACAGGGCUUCCUGUUGUACCAGAAGACCACUGGGAACUCUUAUCUGGAGAGCAAAGAGGGUCCUGCGCGGCCGGCCUCUAACAUGGAUCGCUUUGAAAGAUGCUUCUCCAUCUUUAGACUGAGCACAGACAACGAAGGGACUGAGAUCCAGACGGGGACUGAGAUCCAGACGGGGACUGAGAUCCAGACGGGGACUGAGAUCCAGACGGGGAAUGGUCCACAGACAUACUCACCGACACUGACCAAUACAGAUCCACACACCCACUCAGAGACUCACCCACACACACAUACAGACUCUCACCCACCUCCCCAGACCCUUGUGGUGGUGGGUGACCAUGCCCAGAAGGUGAGCUGGGUGCUGGGUCAUUCUCAGUGCUCAGGUCCCCGAUCCUGGAGGGCAGUGAGAGUAGACCUGGUGGUCUCUCCAUACAGCCAGUUUGCCUUCGCAUUGCUGGGCUGGACUGGAUCGAAGUUGUUUGAGAGAGAACUGCGUCGCUGGGCAGUACAUGAGAAGGCCAUGACUCUGAGCAGCCAUGCUCUGUACGACAGAAAACGGACGCAGUAUCUAAGGGCUAGUUCAGAGGAGGAGAUCUUUACUCAUCUGGGUCUGGAAUACAUCCCUCCCUGUGACCGGAACGCCUGAUGACAACAUACUGGACUGAUAAAGCAUACAGAUACAGUCUAAGAGCUAAGCUAAGCAAACCCAAGCUAACCUGACUUAACUUAUACCUAAACAUAAGCCAAAUCAAACUAGGCCUAAUCCUGAGCACAACACACAGGCCAGAUACAGCCCAGGGUAGACUAGAA